CCCUCGUGAUAACCAAGUUCGUAUCCACAAGAAACAGAUCAAAAGAAAAGAAAAACAGAGGAAGAGACGAAAUGGCUAUCUUGCUCUGUUUCUUCUUGGUUUCGCUUCUUACUCUCUUAACAUCAAUCUGUCUUAAAAGGAUGACAAACUCAAAACUCAAUCUUCCUCCUAGCCCUUCAAGUCUUCCAAUCAUUGGAAACUUGCAUCAUCUUGCAGGACUGCCUCAUCGAUGUUUUCAUAACCUCUCCAUCAAACACGGACCGGUGAUGCUUCUCCGUCUAGGGUCUGUUCCAGUGGUUGUGAUCUCAUCGAGUGAAGCAGCUGAAGCAGUUCUCAAAACACACGACUUGGAAUGUUGCAGCCGACCAAAGACUGUAGGGACCGGAAAACUCUCUUACGGUUUCAAAGACAUUAAUUUCGGACCGUACGGUGAGUACUGGCGGGAGAUGCGGAAACUCGUGGUCACCGAGCUUUUCAGUCUUAGAAAAGUUCAAUCAUUCAGGUACAUAAGAGAAGAAGAGAGUGACUUCAUGGUGAAGAAAGUAUCAGAAUCCGCUUUGAAACAAUCUUCCGUGGAUCUAAACAAAACUUUCUUCUCCCUCGCCGCAAGUGUAAUUUGUAGAGUAGCUUUAGGACAGAACAUCCAGGAGAGAGGCUUCCUUAUCGACCAAGAAAGGAUCGAAGAGCUUGUUACCGAAGCAGCGGAAGCUCUAGGGAGUUUCACUUUCUCUGACUUCUUCCCUGGUGCACUUGGAAGAUUCGUGGACUGGUUGUUUCAACGACACAAGAAGAUCAACAAAGUCUUUGAAGAUCUUGAUGUUUUUUACCAGCAAGUUAUUGAUGAGCACUUGAAGCCAGAAGGAAGGAAAAAUCAAGAUAUUAUUUCCUUGAUAUUGGAUAUGAUCGAUAAACAAGCAAGUGAAGAUUCUUUCAAACUCGAUAUCGAUAAUGUCAAGGCAGUCCUCAUGGAUAUAUUUCUCGCGGGGGUUGAUACAAGCGCCAUAACUAUGAUUUGAGUGAUGACCGAGCUCGCUAGAAACCCUCGUGUGAUGAAGAAAGCUCAAGAAAACAUUCGAGCCACCCUAGGGCUCAAAAGGGAGAGAAUCACUGAAGAAGACCUAGGAAAGGUUGAUUACUUGAAGCUUGUAAUAAAGGAAACAUUCAGGUUACACCCACCGGUUCCACUUUUGCUCCCAAGGGAAACAAUGUCUCACGUCAAGAUCCAAGGCUACGACAUUCCUCCCAAAACACAAAUUCAAGUUAAUGUAUGGACCAUAGGACGUGACCCCAAGCGUUGGACCGACCCUGAAGAUUUCAACCCUGAACGGUUCACUGAUAGUUCUGUAGAUUUUAGAGGACAACACUUUGACUUAAUACCGUUUGGUUCUGGUCGAAGGGUAUGUCCUGCGAUGGUACUGGGGAUUGCUACCGUGGAGUUAGGCCUGAUGAAUUUGCUUUACUAUUUUGAUUGGAAAUUGCCUGAUGGAAUGAAAGUUGGAGACAUUGAUAUGGAAGAAGCUGGCAUUCUCAGCACUGUCAAGAAACAACCUCUUGAACUUGUGCCCCUUCGACGCCAUUAAGGGGCAGUCAGUGAAGCUCUACAACACGGAGAUAGUUUGUGUGAACCGAACCUUGUAGCUAUUUCGAAAUUAUUGUAAAAUAUAAUAAAGAUUUAAUGUAUGAUGAACAAUUUAUCCUAAAGUAAUAAAGUUUGACAAGUUAUCAAAAGAUCUUAUUAUUAUUUUACUAUUUUCUUCAAAUCCAGUUUGUGAUCAAAAGAUCUUAUUAUUAUUUUACUAUUUUCUUCGAAUCCAGUUUGUGCCUACUCCUACUAUAGUAUUAUAAACUUGUACAACUUCCAGCUACCAGCAAAUCUCUAUAUUAAUGCUUAAUGACUUGGUCACUUGGGGAUGGUGAAAUUUCUUUUACUAUUCAUUUUUCUCUUCAAAAUGUAUGUUAAUUUAGUUAUAAUGCUAUAUCCCUAGUGUGAAAUGCCAAUAAACUAAAUAUUGAUAUAAUAUAAGACGAUUGGUUGUAAAUCAUAUGCGAAUUUUGGAAUGUUGGAGUAUCAUACAACUUAUUUCUCGUUUUGCUUUAGUAGAUGUUUUACUGAAAUAAUUUUGUUUUAUGUUCUUUGUUGGGUGAUAUAUUUUCAAUGCUAGGAUAUAAAACCUUUUCAAGUUUCUAAUAACAAACGAAUGGACUAGUAGUUUCC